UGAUAGUGUAGCACCUAGCUGUUUUACAGGAAACUUUCAUUGUGAGGGUCAGCUGUAUUCUUGAGGAUCCAUUUUUUUCUUUGUUGGAUUCUCCAGAAGGAUUAUCGCAGGAAGGAGAAAAUAGCUGUGUGACCUGCCUGUUGUGGACCAAGAUUACUGACAUUGUCUCAAAUGAUGGCAUCUCACAGAUGUCCAUCAAUACUGAUCUGAGAGCAUUACAAUGAUUUUUUUUAAAGACAACUCAACAUUUUCUGGAAGACAUUUGUUCCGAAGACCUUUGUAAUUUUUUUUAUUCUGCAUUUUUUUAUUCUGCAUUUCCUAUCUCAAAACAUCUGGCUUGGAACGUAUUUGGUAAAGCUCAACCUCGUCCGUCACACCUUCCUCUUUAGAACUUAGGAAACGCUUCCGGGCUUUUUUGCACCUGCAUUACAGAUUUAAGAGAAUAUUUAUAAAGUAGAGCCACAGCAUUUGACUUUUUGACUGGAUCACAUUCCUCACAGACACUGACAGUUUAUUUUGGGUGUGAAGUCAGCUGCCCCACUUACAAAAUCUGAUAACUGUUAUACCCCCGGCAUCACAAACCUGUCAGUCAUACAGUACAUCAACCAUUAUGGAAUCUGUGGUGGCUAGAAUGGCCAUGGUGACUGACUCUCCCAACCCAUCGCUGAAAUCCAGGACAACCCUGACAAUAGAUGAUGACUCUUAUGUGAGCACCGUCAGCCUUCCCUGCAGUCACUUCCUGUCUGCUAACAUCAUCACUGUCGUGGAGAAAUGCAUGAGCUCAAUGCAGCUUGGGACCCAGAUGGUAAAGCUCCGUGGCGGCUCCAAGGGACUGGUGCGGUUCUUUUACCUGGACGAACACAAGUCCUGCAUCCGUUGGAGACCAUCACGCAAGAAUGAAAAGGCAAAGAUCUCUGUUGACUCCAUCCGUGAGGUCUGUGAGGGCAAGCAAUCUGAGAUAUUCCAGCGGUACGCUGAUGGCAGCUUUGACCCAAACUGCUGCUUCAGUCUGUAUUACGGAGAACACAUGGAGUCCUUGGACCUGGUAUCUGGCACAGGAGAGGAGGCACGAACCUGGAUCACCGGUCUCAAGUACCUGAUGGCUGGUAUCAGUGAUGAGGACAGCUUGGCUAAGAGGCAACGCACCCGUGACCAAUGGCUGAAGCAGACGUUCACAGAGGCUGAUAAGAACGGCGACGGGAGUUUAAGUAUCAGUGAGGUUCUUCAGCUUCUGCAUAAACUGAACGUCAACCUACCACGACAGAAGGUCAAACAGAUGUUCAAGGAGGCUGACACAGAUGACAACCAAGGAACUUUGGGGUUUGAGGAAUUCUGCUCCUUCUACAAGAUGAUGUCGACCCGUAGAGAUCUGUACCUCCUCAUGCUCACCUACAGCAAUCACAAAGACCACUUGGAUACAGAUGACUUAGCUCGCUUCCUGGAGACUGAGCAAAAGAUGUCGAAGGUGAGUAAGGACCACUGCCUGGAGAUAAUCAACAAGUUUGAGCCGUGUUCUGAAAACCAAAAGCAGGGAGUUUUGGGAAUAGAUGGUUUUACAAAUUACAUGCGCAGUCCAGCUGGGGAUAUCUUUAACCCAGAGCACUACAACGUGAACCAGGACAUGACCCAGCCGCUGUGCAACUACUUCAUCGCCUCAUCGCACAACACCUACUUGAUGGGAGACCAGCUCAUGUCCCAGUCCAGGGUGGACAUGUACGCUUGGGUGCUGCAGGCUGGCUGUCGCUGUGUGGAAGUUGAUUGCUGGGACGGUCAAGAUGGAGAGCCCAUCGUACACCAUGGCUACACCCUCACCUCAAAGAUCCUCUUCAAAGACGUCAUUGAGACCAUCAACAAGUACGCCUUCAUCAAGAACGACUACCCGGUCAUCCUUUCCAUAGAGAAUCACUGCAGUGUUCCUCAGCAAAAGAAGAUGGCCCAGUAUUUGGUUGAAAUCCUUGGAGACAAACUAGAUGUGUCCAGUGUCAAGGCAGAAGAAUCCAGCAGAUUGCCAUCGCCAGAAUCUCUCAGGGGCAAGAUCCUUGUGAAGGGAAAGAAGUUGCCUCCUAAUAUCGAUGAGAACGCAGAGGAGGGAGACGUGUCUGAUGAGGACAGUGCUGAUGAGAUGGAGGACGACUGCAAACUGAUGAACGGAGAUUGGAAGACAUCAGCUAACAGGAAGCAGGUGGAAAGCAUGGCCAAGAAAAAGCUGGACAACCUGAUGAAAGAGUCUAAGAUCCGAGACAGGGAGGACCCAGACAACUUUACCAUCGCAGGCCUCCCACCGAGUGGAAAACCCCUUGAUAAGAGUAACAACAAGGUAAACACCAAGGGUAAAAGUGAUGAAGGGACAGACACAGCAGAUGAGGCCAAUGUCAGCAGCACUAAGCGCACCAGCCGCUCCUUCAUUGGGAGCUUCUCUAAACGCAAGAAAAAGUUGUCAAAGUUAAAGAAGACAUCAAGCUGUGAAGAUACAGACACGGACCAGGAGAGCACAAGUAGCGCUUCCCGAGCCCCAGUCCAAAAUAAGCCCCACAGAAAGAAGAAGACGAUGAAGCUUUCUAGAGCUCUGUCUGAUCUGGUGAAGUACACUCGCUCUGUGGGUCUAUAUGAUAUUGAGGCCCAAGCUAACUGCGGCUGGCAGGUGUCAUCUCUCAGUGAGACUAAAGCCCAUCAGCUGAUGCAGCAGAAAGUGACAUCCUUCAUCCAGUUCAACCAGCGGCAGCUUUCCCGUAUCUAUCCUUCGUCUUACCGUGUGGACUCUUCUAAUUUCAACCCUCAGCCUUUCUGGAACACUGGCUGCCAGCUCGUUGCACUCAACUACCAGUCAGAGGGCAGGGUCCUUCAGCUCAACAGGGCUAAAUUCUACAGCAAUGGCAAUUGUGGCUACAUCCUCAAACCCACCUGCAUGUGUGAAGGUACUUUGAACCCAAACCUGGAAGAUCCCCUGCCAGGUCGAAUGAAGAAGCAGCUGGUAUUAAAGAUAAUCAGUGGACAACAGCUGCCCAAACCCAAAGAUUCUAUGCUGGGAGACAGAGGAGAGAUUAUUGAUCCCUUUGUGGAGGUGGAGAUCAUUGGCCUCCCCGUGGAUUGCUGCAAAGAGCAGACCAGAGUGGUGGAUGAUAAUGGCUUCAAUCCGAUGUGGGAGGAGACUCUGGUCUUCACGGUUCACAUGCCAGAGCUGGCCCUUGUGCGCUUCCUUGUGUGGGAUCAUGACCCCAUAGGCCAAGACUUCAUCGGGCAGCGCACGAUUGCCUUCCACAGCAUGAUGCCAGGUUAUCGGCAUGUUUACCUGGAAGGUAUGGAAGAGGCUUCCAUUUUUGUUCACAUUGCUGUGAAUGACAUCACUGGUAAGGCCAGAGCCGUCAGCGGCAUAAAGGGUCUGUUUCACAGAAACCCAAAACAGGCUUCUCUGGACAGCCAUGCUGCUGUACACCCUUGCUGUAAGCAUCCAUUCGGUGCCCACCUCUUGCGCCGCACUGCCAGCGCACCCACCAGAGGCCAGCCCAAAGUUAAAAAGGGCUUUCCUGAGAUGGCCGUCAAUACCAAAGAUUACAACUCAGAGGGGGCAAGUGAAGAGCGAGAGUCUGAGGACAGAGACAAGGCCUCAGCUACCACUUCUUACCAGUUCACUCCCCCACACCAUCACAAUGGAGAAUCGCAAGCUUCCCUCCAAGCCAAGGGGCCCUGGGACCGUCCUGACACAAAUGGAGCUUUCCACCCAGAGGAGGGUAAAGAUGCUUCCAUGGUGCAGAAAUCGAGCUCCCCUCGUAACAUUCCGUCAGUAAACGGAGAAAACCCAAGUAGCUGUUUCAUCCACUUUGCCUCCACUCCACACCACUCCAUAUCUACAGAGCUGCAUCCAUCACCAGUUAGAAAUUUAGCCUCUACAGUAAGCAAUGAACAGUUUAACAAUUUACCACUCAACAGUUCUGCAGAGGUAACAGAGCUGUUUCAGCAUGCUCGAGACACCCAGGCAAACAAAGGCUCUCUAAAGGAAAAGAUUCCACAACGGAACAAAAACCCCAAAACUCCAAUCGAGAAAACAAGCGACGAAGGAGAAGAAAAGUCUCAUCACAACACAGAGCCCUCUGGUGACACACGCCCGACAGGAACUUCAACAGUCCCAGCUACUCAGCAAUCACAAGCCAGGAGAGUUCUUUUUAACUCUCCACCCCAGCACAUCCCAGUAAGACGAGCAAAAAGUGAAGGACAUGUUCUGGGGAAUAAAGAUGGCCAGGCCCAGUCUGCAAUACCAGUGGUCUGUACAGAUGCUACCAUGAGCGACCGCCUUUGGAGCAAACUGGAGCCUGGCAGCCACAGAGACAGUGUGUCCUCCUCUUCUAGCAUCUCCUCAAAUGAUACGGUCAUUGACCUCUCUCUUCCUAACCUAGCCAGAAAGAGCCUCAGCAUCCUGCCCAGUCCCAGUAACAUCUGCGAGCCCCCCUGGGUCAACUAUCGGCACAAUGCUCAGGUUUCCUGUGAUACAGGGAGGGUCAGCAAGAGCAAGUCCAACCCCAACCUUGAGCAACGGGUUUUUCCCAAAGACGAGCUUAUGCCCCGCCCACUACAGCCACCCAAAGACUCUACAGAGAAUUCACCUGGCAGACUAACCCAAAGAAGGCACACCUGGUGUCGGCUUUACAUGGAAGGACUCAAGCAGGCAUCAACCAAAAGGCCAUUAAGUGCCGCUCCCGCCUCGGCAGCAUCCAUGUCCAAAAGCCUUGGAGACCUGACUUCUGAUGAUAUUUCAUGCAACUUUGAAAGCAAGUACCACAGCAUCAGCCGCAGCUUUAUUGUGAAACGUACAAGAGAUCAGCUCCAUAAAAGCGGCAAACAGAAGUGUCGGCCACUGAGCGAACUGACAGAGCAGCUACGGAAGCUGACUGAUGUGGAACCCUUGAAUCCCUGUGACUUCACCCCAGAGAAAGAACCCAGUGACACAGAAGCAGAGAAUGUUGAGGAAACGCUAGUGCGACGGACCUCCUCGAGGAGUCAAAGUAGGGUGCGGUACAUUGCAAACCGGGCUAAAAAGGCCCAGGAAAGAAAGAGGCUUCAGGGUCUGCUUCAGGGCAGAAGUGCCAGCUUCACCUUUACUGAAAGCGUAGGCACUGGAAUAGCCGGCCCCAUCGAGGAGAGGGGGAAUCCAGAAGGAGCAUGCUGUGCUGGCCAGAGUCCCUGCAGCAGCCUGGACCUGCUGAGUCAGCUAGAAUCCCCCUCCCAUGAGGAGUCUCCCCUGAACUCGGACAGCUCUGAACUGUUCUUCAGGCUCCAGCUCUGAGAACUGGCUGACUUCGAACUAACUAUGAGAAACAGCUAGACUUGUUUUCAAUACAAUUCCUCCACAAUGUUUUUAAAUUUCAAAUCGGACUGUUUCUCACUGACUGCUUCACCAAGUGCAGUAUCAGAACAAGUCUGAACUGUCUCAGAUUCUUCGUGAACGUUACUUGUAGAAACCAUGAGGUGCUCUUCCACAGCAGUUACUGGAGGCAAGGGGGGAAGGGUCAACACCAUCCCUUUCAGCCCUUAUUUCAGUGGGACAUCCUGAAUCAAGCGCUUGAAACAAAGCAGCUCACUCAUAAUAUGGAGGAUACAAGGACUGUACUUACUAUACUGUCUCCUAGCAAAAGCUUAAUAUUCCCGGAGAGUUGAGUUGCUGCUGUGGACCCCGCCCCCCACCCCCCGCCCCCACCCACCUACCUUCCCAUGUUAUUUGUGUUGAAUUUAACCAGCUCAAAUAUUUCUGUAUUUUUUUAGACAUGACAAUACAGUAGCAAUAGAUCAUAGAGACCAGGAUUUUAAUGUUUUUUUAUUUGCUUGAACUGUUAAGAUAUCAAUUAGAUUGUUUAUGCCAAGGCAUUAUCAACCCGUCCUUCUAUUAGCAAUAUUUUGAACAUGCUAGCAUGUCAUGAAGAAAAUGUAAAUUUUGACGCUGAAAGAUGCUUGUCCUGUGUCUUUACUUUUAAAAUCAGCACUUUCAAUCCUGCACUGAAAAAGUUAAUUUUUUUUUUGGUAAUACUAGUGGUUUUGUUUUAAUCUGACUGAGGUCCUGUCCUAUUGCUGACUGUAAUCUGUGGCAUGUCCAAUCUCUGAGAUCCUAUUAUUUAAAGGAGCAGGUUUAAAUGUUGAACUUUGCCCUUUUACGUUGACUGCAUGCCUUUUAUGCACUACACUGAUUUCAUUUUAUCAAUAUUUUUAUAUGAAAAUUUAAGAUUUUAACCUUUUUCUUUGAAUUGCUUCAUGUUGGUGAGCAGGCCAGCAUGUUUGAAUCCCUGUUUUCAUUUCUCUGUCCUACUAAAGGAAGAUGGGAAUGAUCUGUCUUGAAGCAUGUUUGUACUGUUUGCCCUGCUGUCUAGGUUCUUUGAGCAAAACCUUUGUGGACAGUAUUGAGUUCAAACAAUGUGUAAUUAUGACCUGAAUUAAACUUAGAUAUUGCUGAACA